AUGCCCUCCAUGACUCCGAGCUUGGGUGCCAAUACUUUGCUCCAGCCCGUCGUUGCAUUUCUUGGACCUUUAGGCUCCUUUUCACAUCAAGCAGCUAUAGAAUAUUUUGGCUCAAGCAAUAACACCCUUAAAGCUGAGGUUUCUUUCAACGAUGCCUUCUCAGCCGUCCAGUCCCAAGAGGCCGACUAUGCCAUUAUACCACUAGAAAACUCUUCGAACGGUGCUGUUGUCCAGACUCUCGAUUUGCUAGCAGACCGUGGAAACUUAUACCCUGAUAUUACUGUGUCUGGAGAAUAUUAUCUCAGUGUCCAUCACUGUCUUUUGAUGAAAAACACACAAGAAGGACACGGAAACUCUUCUGAGCCUAACCCGGAGGUAUCCAAAUUCUACUCCCACCCGCAAGUCUGGGGGCAAUGUACCAAGUUUCUUUCAGCGUACAGUGGAGUAGAGAAGCAAGAUGCCUCUUCAACCUCCAAGGCUGCUGAGAUAGUCAGCAAGGACAACGAUCCCAAAAGUGCAGCUAUUGGAAGUGAGCUUGCAGGUAGUAUCAAUGGUCUACAGGUUGUCAAGGCCAACAUCGAAGACGACCCUUCCAACGCAACCAGAUUCCUUAUCCUACAGAACCUCAAAUCAAACUGUACCCAGGCAGUAAAGCCGCCUCAGAAGACACAGUCUUGCUCGGAUCCGGGUUCAAAAUGCAAGUCACUUAUCACCUUUAUGGUUGAUCAUACGUCUCCCGGUGCCUUGGCGGACGCGUUACAUGUGUUCAAAAAAUAUGGCCUCAAUCUGACCAGUAUCAAUUCUCGUCCAGGAGGUGUUAAAGCGUGGCAGUACGUUUUUCUGGUAGAGUGUCAGAGGGUAUAUGGUGUUCACGAUGAUCAUGUCGUGGAAAAAGUCAUAGAAGAGCUGCAGGAUAUUACACAGACCUGCAGAAAUCUAGGGAGUUGGGAGGAUCAACUUAUGGAAAAGUAA